GGCUCGUAGUGAGGGACCCGGGCGUGGGUGACCCUCCCCGCAGUCCUGGUGCGGCCUCCCCAGUUGCACGCACAUGGCUUGGCGGUAGCCGGCGCGGCGCGCGGUGCGGCCUGGGAGAGUCGGAAGCGCGGUGGCGGCAGACCUCUGCUUAGGAGGCAGCGUCGGGCCCAUGCAGGACGCGGAAAACGUGGCGGUGCCCGAGGCGGCCGAGGAACGGGCCGAGCCCGGCCAGCAGCAUCCUGCCGCCGAGCCGCAGCCGGAGGAGGACCUGCAGCGGCCUGCCGGGCCCGGCGCUCCGGAGGCGGCGGGAACCGAGGGCGCUAAGGAGGAGGUGGGAGAGGCCCGGCCAGAGCCUGAUGUGAGGGCCGAACCAGCUGCCGGGGCGGAGACCGUGGCAGAGGCAACCCUGGGCCCGUCUGAGUCGCCCUCGCCACUGUCUGCCGAGGAGCCUCCGGGAUCUCAGGCCGAUCCCUCGACCCCAACGCUUGGCGAGGCUACAGGGGAACAGUCCCGGGACGAGCCUGCCGACAGCCGGGCACAGGCAUCGUCCGAGGAGGCUGCUGGGAACGAAGGCAGCGCAGCCGAGGCGGAGCCUCGGGCGGUGGAGAACGGUGACGCAGAUGAACCCUCCUUCAGCGACCCUGAAGACUUCGUGGACGACGUGAGCGAGGAAGAGUUACUAGGAGAUGUGCUCAGAGAUCGGCCCCAGGAAGCAGAUGGAAUCGAUUCGGUGAUUGUGGUGGACAAUGUUCCUCAGGUGGGACCUGACCGACUUGACAAACUCAAAAAUGUCAUCCACAAGAUCUUUUCCAAGUUUGGGAAAAUCACAAAUGAUUUUUAUCCUGAAGAGGAUGGGAAGACAAAAGGGUACAUUUUCUUGGAAUAUGCGUCUCCUGCGCAUGCUGUGGAUGCUGUGAAAAAUGCUGAUGGCUACAAGCUUGACAAGCAGCACACAUUCCGGGUCAACCUCUUCACGGAUUUUGACAAAUAUAUGACAAUCAGUGAUGAAUGGGAUAUUCCAGAGAAACAGCCUUUCAAAGACCUGGGGAAUUUACGUUACUGGCUUGAAGAGGCAGAAUGCAGAGAUCAAUACAGUGUCAUUUUUGAGAGUGGAGACCGCACUUCCAUAUUCUGGAAUGAUGUAAAAGACCCUGUCUCAAUUGAAGAAAGAGCGAGAUGGACAGAGACAUAUGUGCGUUGGUCUCCUAAAGGUACUUACCUAGCUACCUUUCAUCAAAGAGGCAUUGCUCUUUGGGGCGGAGAGAAAUUCAAGCAAAUCCAGAGAUUCAGCCACCAAGGGGUUCAGCUCAUUGAUUUCUCACCUUGUGAAAGAUACCUGGUGACUUUCAGCCCCCUAAUGGACACUCAGGAUGACCCUCAAGCCAUAAUCAUCUGGGACAUCCUUACAGGGCACAAGAAGAGAGGUUUUCACUGUGAAAGCUCAGCCCAUUGGCCUAUAUUUAAGUGGAGCCAUGAUGGUAAAUUCUUUGCAAGAAUGACACUUGAUACCCUUAGCAUCUAUGAAACUCCUUCUAUGGGUCUUUUGGACAAGAAGAGUUUGAAGAUCUCUGGAAUAAAAGACUUUUCUUGGUCUCCUGGUGGUAACAUAAUAGCCUUUUGGGUGCCUGAAGACAAAGAUAUUCCAGCCAGGGUAACACUGAUGCAGCUCCCUAGCAGACAAGAGAUCCGAGUGAGGAAUCUAUUUAAUGUCGUGGAUUGCAAGCUACAUUGGCAAAAAAAUGGAGAUUACUUGUGUGUGAAAGUAGAUAGGACUCCAAAAGGUACCCAGGGUGUUGUCACAAAUUUUGAAAUUUUCCGAAUGAGGGAAAAACAAGUACCUGUUGAUGUGGUUGAAAUGAAAGAAACCAUCAUAGCCUUUGCCUGGGAACCAAAUGGGAGUAAGUUUGCUGUACUGCAUGGAGAGGCCCCACGGAUAUCCGUGUCUUUCUACCACGUCAAAAACAAUGGGAAGAUCGAGCUCAUCAGAAUGUUUGAUAAGCAGCAAGCAAACACCAUCUUCUGGAGCCCCCAGGGACAGUUUGUUGUGCUGGCUGGUCUAAGAAGUAUGAACGGUGCCUUAGCAUUUGUUGACACUUCAGACUGCACAGUCAUGAACAUUGCAGAGCACUAUAUGGCCUCUGAUGUCGAGUGGGAUCCUACAGGGCGUUAUGUUGUCACCUCUGUGUCCUGGUGGAGCCAUAAGGUGGACAAUGCUUAUUGGCUGUGGACUUUUCAAGGGCGCCUUCUGCAGAAGAAUAACAAGGACCGCUUUUGCCAGCUGCUAUGGCGACCUCGGCCCCCAACACUCCUGAGCCAGGAGCAGAUCAAGCAAAUUAAAAAGGAUCUGAAGAAGUACUCUAAGAUCUUUGAACAGAAGGAUCGUUUGAGCCAAUCCAAAGCCUCAAAGGAAUUGGUGGAGAGAAGGCGAACCAUGAUGGAGGAUUUCCGAAAAUACCGAAAAAUGGCCCAAGAACUCUAUAUGGAGCAGAAAAAUGAACGUCUGGAAUUAAGAGGAGGGGUGGACACAGAUGAGCUGGACAGCAAUGUGGAUGAUUGGGAAGAGGAAACCAUUGAAUUCUUCGUCACUGAAGAGAUCAUUCCUCUUGGGAACCAGGAGUGAUCUGGAGCACUGUUGUCACCCUAUUGUGCUGGAACUGAGGUCAUCCUCUUACAGAAAGCCUACACAACUCCUGAAUUUUACCUGUGCUUUCUCUUGCUUGGGACUGUGAAUGCACCUGGGAUUCUUCCAUCUCAACACAUUUUUGUGCCUUUAAACCCCUGGUGUCCACAGUGGGGGAAGUUUUAAGGCACUGCUUUCACUUUUUUCUCGUUUGGGGUUUUUUUAAUCAGUACCACCAGUGUUUGCUACUUAUACUCUUAUGCAGUGCAACUAGCAGGUACCUUUUGCUCCUGCAGACAGUGGUAUUUCCAAGGUGUUCCAUCCACAGUUGAGUGGUGUUUCCGUUCAAGAACUCUUGGCUGUCCUGUUCAUGGGCUAGUGCUGGGUGUGUCCUGGAGACCAGCAGGGAAGCAGUACCCUGCUGUGUCCCACUGUGCUCAGAAGGUGCCACAGCACCUCUUACCCCCACUAUGCAGGUUGUGUCAGGUUCUCUCAACAGGUUGAAUGUGGAAAUAAAAGCAAACCUAUAUGAAAA